UUUGUUUAAUCACCUGAAACACUAAUGGAUAACAUUGAUAGUGUGAGUGAUAAACACUUUAGACAAAAUAGUGUGUGUUUAUAAACAUCAAGCUCCAAUACAGAAUGAGGAAGUGUGAAUGUACAAAAUCCCCUGGAGAAGACAUUUCCCAUUCUCACAGAGAAGAAACACCACUCAGAGAGCAGACUAAACGGACGCAAGGGAAAUAGCAUCAGAGCAGAUAUGAGGUGGUUUCUGCUACUGCUGCUGGGCACCCAGACUUCUCAAGCCUGUCCUGGAGUCAAAAUGGUGGUUUCAUCCAAGGGACUUGACUAUGUGACAGAUUUGGUUACAGGCUGGGUACAGGAAAAGCUACUCACGGCAGACCUCCCAGUAGUUAGUGGAUCGAUCAUCGGUGUUAGCUAUGCCCUUUAUGAUAUGAAGGUGGUUAAGGUAGAUAUGCCACAGCCAAGUGUCAACUUUGAGGAGGAUACUGGCCUCCGGGUGGAGUUCAGUGGCCUGGCUAUAGCUGUAGCAGGGAGCUGGAGAACUUCCUUUGGAAUCUUUAAGGACGGAGGGGCAUUUGAACUGGCAUUGUUUAAUACCGAUACAUCCUCUCUGCUACAGCUGGGGAGAGACAACCAAGCACGUCUCUCUGUCGAGUGCCUGACAUGUGAUGCACAAAUCGGCAGUGUAGACGUGAGCUUUCAUGGAGGAGCCAGCUUCUUCAUCCAAGCCUUUGUGGAUCUCUUUCCUGGCCACAUUAAGGGAAUAAUUCAAGGAAAUAUCUGCCCUGUUGUGGAGGACCAAGUUAAAAACCUUGAAGAAAUUCUAGCAGCCAUGCAUGUCGACUACCAUGUUGAUCCAAGCCUGAUCUUUAGAGUUCCUCUCACAAAUGCUCCAGUUGUAAAAACCUCUGGCAUAGAAGUGGACUUAAAGGGUGUUUUUUACAGUGAGACGCACCCAAAAGAACCUCCAUUCCCACCUGAGGUCUUCCAGCUCCCAUGGAAAGCAGAUUACAUGAUCUCCUUGGGCAUCUCCCAGUACAGUCUCAACACCUAUGCCUACGCUUGCCUCACCGCAGGUCUCUUCCAAAUCAACGUUACCGACAGCAUGAUUCCACCAUCGUCUCCUAUACGACUCAAUACCAGCUCAUUUGGAAUACUCAUCCCACAGCUGCCCAAGAUGUUCCCCAACAUGCUGAUGGAGCUCCAGGUGUUUGCUGAUGAGACACCAGCUGUUUCCCUCCAUAUGGACUCCUUCUCUCUGGUCCUGUCUGUAGCAGUUAAAGCCUAUGCCAUUGACAACACCACCGCCCGCCGACCCCUGUUCAGACUCAAUCUGAAAAUUCAAUUCAACGGCAAACUGAACAUUGGCAAUGUUACGCUUAUGGGACAAAUGCAAUUGGAGAACUUGACCUUAUCACUGGCAUCAAGUGAGAUUGGAACUUUCCAGACUAAAACCUUGGAGAGUACUGCAAGCUGGGCCGUUAAGACUGUUUUUCUUCCAAAGCUAAAUGCCAUGCUUCAAAAGGGGUUUCCUCUUCCUGUGAUGAAAGGUGUGACAUUGGCGGGUCCAGUUUUGCAGGUGAAGCAGGGUUUCUUGGCUGUGUUUAGUGAUGUGCAGAUCAAGUAUCCAUUACGCACCCAGGAAGAAUUUUGAGGAGAACCACAAGAGCAUUUGGUUCAGAAGAUUAUUCCUUUAUCAACAUCAAUGCAGAGUGGUGACAAGACUGUCUUGGACAAUUCCCAAUCAAUACGCUUCAAUUCCUUCCAACUAAACAUCUAUAUAUUGAACUCAAAAGAUAAUUUAAAGAUCAGAAAAUUCAAAAUGUUAUGCAUGACUAUACAAUCAAACAUCAAUGUCACAUUGUUUAGUCCAAGAAACUCCCAUUGGUUACAUUUAGGCCUAUGAUUGAGUUCAGUGGUGGUGUCAGUGGUUGAGGAAUAGCCAAAGGGAGUGUGGGGGAGGGGAGAUUUGUUCCCAAAAAUGGUUUCGUCCUCACGUUUGAUAAACAUGUCUUUUAUGAAGCUUUAAAUAAAUGGGAUUUUUUUCUAUUUCCAA